AUGGCCUUCCGACUAAAGUUUGACGACAUUGCGGAGGAUUCGCAUGAAUCCAGCAACACAAUGCCAGAUAUCUCCUUGGGAUCUCUCGAGGAAUCGUUCAAGAGCCCGCCGAGAAUGUUGAACAAGCAGGCAGCACCGUUGUCCUUGACCGGCUCUUCUACGAUGACAAAUUCUUCUUCAAAUCGACCGGAGAAUAGGCCUUCUACUCCCAAGGGACAGCUCGUACGACGGGGAACCGAGGAUGAGGUCAAAACGCCAAAGGCUUCCAACAAAAACGGCUUCUUGGACGAUAGUAUGGAUGAAGAUGAUGCAGGGAAUGACAUGGGAAGGAAAUGGGAAAGCGACAACCCUACAGCAGCACGUCUUGGACGGUCAAAGUCCGGUGUUACAACUACCAAGGCCGGUGUGAACAUGACAUUACGAGAGCAGGAAAAGAAGGAGAACUUUUCGCUCAAACUCAAGGUUCACCUGUUGGAAGAGCGACUUGCAGAGCUAGCUCCGGAUCACAUCGAGGCCGCCCUGAAGCAAAACAUCAACCUCAAGAUCGAGGUACAAUCUCGGGGGGUAGAGCUAAAGAAGUACAAAAAGCUCCUGCUCCGGAUGGAGCAAGAACUGGCUCAGAUGAAGGACCAGAAUAAUAGUUCGAGGGAGCGAGAUUUGGAAGAGCAAGUGGAGAGUUUGACGCGAGAGCUCAGAGAGCUGCGUAGGAGGAAGAUGGGCUCGGGGCGCGACGAUGUCGCGCUCUCAGAGGCGCGAGGUCGCAACGACGAGCUGGAACAGCGACUGGUCCAAGUCGAGGAAGAGCUAGAGUCUGCAAAGGCUCUGAUCGAGGAGAACUUAGACGAGAUAGAUCGUCUCAGGGAGGCACAGGGACAGAAUCCCAAUGGUUCCAUGUCAUCGGAAAGUGGCGAGAGUCGAAGAGCAAAGCUGGAGGAAGCAUUGCGAAACCUAGAGGACGAGAACAAUAUUCUUCAAGACAAGUUGGAGGAGGUCCUUCAAGAACUCAACAUCCGUGAAGAGGAGAAGGAGGAAUUGGCCGACAAGAUUGAGGCGCUUUCCCUUCAUAUCGAGGAACUUGAGCAUCGCCAAAAGGCUAACGCUCUCGAGCGCUCACAGUCUCGAGCCAAUAUGAUUCAAGACGAAGAAGAGAGGCAAGAGCUCGAAGAUUCUAUCAAUGCUUUGCGUGACAAACUGGCUGCUACGAAUAUCGAACUCCAGCAGAAGGAGGAAGAGCUCAGCGCCAAGUCUCAGGAGAUUGAGGAGAUUAUUGCAGAGCAUGAGUCUAUCGUACGCGACAUCGAGAACAAUUGGCGAGGCGAAGUUGCGGAGGCUCGUCAACAAGUGGACGACAUGCGCGAUAUGAUUGCAGAGCAGGAGAAGGAGGAAGCUCGCCUGCGCGAACAAAUCGCAGACUUUGAGGCGAACACUGCCGAGCUACACACAAAGUUCGAAGCGGCUCUCGCUCAUCUCGAGUCGCAAGCAGAGGCUCGAGAGGAAGAAAUCAUCGAUGCCAACCAACAAAUCACCGAGCUUUCCGAGAAGCUGUGGAAACUAGAGGAAACUCUAGAACAGGAACGGGACGAAGUACGCAUCCGUCUCGACGAGGCGGAUAUCGAACGUGAACGUGCCGACAUGGUACUCGCUGCGCUGAAAGAGAAACUAGCCACUGCCAAGGAACAGCAGCAAGAGGCUACAGAGCUCUACGAAGCAUGCAAGGAGCAGAUUCUGCAGCAUCGGGAACGAGAAGAGGAGCUUGCUCGACAUGCCGAAGAACUUGCAGCUGAAAUCAAUGCCGAACGAGAAGCCCGUGAAGAAUCAGAGGCCGAACGUGACGAUAUUGUCGCCCAGUUUAACGAUCUGGAUGAGAAAUAUCGUGAAGCAAGGGGCGAAUGGGAGGAGAGUGCCAGGAGAGAACGUCGGACACUCGAUGAGACAGAGGCGGCACUGACCACCGCCCGCCACGACCUCGACCUUGCAAAGGCGCUCCUCAGCCAACGAGAGGCCGACAUUGCGGAGAUACAAAAUGUUCUCAGCAAAAAGGACGCUGAAUCUAGGCGUUUGGGGGAGAGCGCAACAUCGGAUCGGUUUGCUCUCAAUCUCGAGCUCGAGCGUCUUCGUCGUGACAUCGCUCGGGGGGAAGAGGAGAUUGUUCGACUGAAACGAGAUAUCGACGAACGCGAUGCAAAGGCCAGAGACAGGGAAGCCGCCCUGGAUAAAAUGCACGUGGAGAAUCGAGAACUCGCCGGUCAGCUCGCGUCCCAAACGCAAGCUCGGCUCAAUUUGUCGGAGAAGCUCGACACAGUACAAGCAAGCCUGAAGACGGCUGAAGCUGAAGUGUCGAAUUUGCGUGGCAAGGUGACGGACUUGGAAGCACGCCUUAGCAAGGACCAGCGAAGUCUACUCGCCACGGAACAUCAGUACAGGGAUCAACUUACCGAGCGAAACACUUUGCUCCUCACAGUGUACCAGUACCUUGACAAGAUUCUAGGAGUGGAGAAAACCGCCAAGGCUGAAACCAAACCAUUCACCAAUUUCGCCGUCUUCCAUGACAACCUCAUUUCGCGACUCAAGGCCGUCACCAGUAUUCAGACAGACUUUGAGAAGCGCUCCAAGGAGAUUGAGAGCAAGUUUACAGAUCGCCUUGCAGAGGUCAAGAAACAGCUCGAGUUUCGAUGGAAGCAGCUCGACCGAUUCGAGUCGAGCGUAAAGGCACUGGCGGAAGUCAAGCACACAUGGCGACGGAAGUACAACGCCAAAGAAGGGGAACUAGAAGCAGCAAAGGCCACCAACGCCGAGCUGACUACCCAAAUAUCUUCACUUCGUCGACAGCCAACAUCCGACAGUUCCGAGAUCCGAGCGCUGACUGCGCGAGCCACCAACGCCGAACGACGGCUGACCAAUGCCCAGAACCAACUAGCAGCGACGGAAGAGCGGAUCAACUCUAUGAACGAGAAGACGGCCUCAGCGGAUACGAAAUGGGAAGCGCGUGUACGGGAAUACGAAGCCCGUCUGAAGGCCGCAGAGGAACGCGUAAAGCGAGAACGACAAGGCGGAAAGGAGCGCAUCGGCGAACUGGAGGCCAAUAUUGCUAAGUUACAACGCCAGCUCGAUCAAGCAAACCGCCGGAAUUCUCAGCUGGGGGAUAUAGUGGACAUGAACAGACCAACGGAUGCAUAA